AUGCUGCUCCUCAUCCUCUCCUGUUUAGCUUCCCUGACCAGCGGUGUCUGGGCAGAGUGUGGCCUCCGGCCGGCCUACGAGUCCUUCCAGACGACUGGCAAGAGGAUUGGUACAGGGACAGACGUCCAGCCCGGGGAAUUCCCGUGGCUCGUGAGCAUCCAGAGCCAUGGGAAGCACAUCUGUGGAGGCACCAUCAUCAGCGCACUGUGGAUUUUAACUGCAGCCCACUGCUUUGCAGACCAGCUGCCGCCAGAUCUGACGGUGGCAGUGGGGGGAGUUGACCCCAGCCUCCCUCUGGAAGAGCACCACCCCGACAGCCUGAUCCUGCACGAGGAGUUCAACAGAACCAGCCUGCAAAACGACAUUGCCCUGAUCCUGCUCAGCAAUCCCAUCGAGUUCAGCAAGGAGAAAAUUCCCGUCUGCCUGCCCUUCGUGUGUGACAUGGGCAUGUGGCAGCACUGCUGGGCUGCUGGCUUGGAGAACACAAGUGCGGCUUUGUUGAUCCCUCUCUUUUCAUUACCUGCAGCAUCCCAGGUGCUGCAGAAAACACAGAUGAAGCUGAUCAGCAGGGAGAAAUGCCUGGAGCAGAUCCCACACCUCGUGGGGAGCUUGAUGUGCGCUGAGGCAGAGCAAGGAGGAGAAGGAGGAGGAGGAGGCUGCCAGGUGGACAGCGGGGGACCUCUGGUCUGCAGCCACUGGAACACCAUGAAGUGGUCCCAGGUCGGCAUCAUCAGUGGAGGAAAGCCGAGCCACAGGAUUUUAACGCCUGUUUACAGCUACCAGGACUGGAUUGAGACGGAAACAGCCAUAAGGGGAAAACCUUUCUUCACUGAGGGUGUGGACAAUGGAGCACAUCUCAGGGUUGCUCGUUCCAGGGCUGGAGCACAGGUGGCGUUUCUGGAGCAUUGUCUCCUUUUAUUCAUCCUUUUAAUAGCAAUUAAAUGA